AUGGCGCAAGACAGUCUCCAGAAUCUGGUCACCCUCGGCAAUGACGACACAACGUACGUGGUUAUUCACAUAUUAUCAGUCAUUCUGACGAGAACCGUUGUAGCGUACAACGGUCCCCAUCAGACUCUUCCCGUUGAGAGAACCGCCGCAGCGCACAAAGAAACCCGUCGGACUCUCCCCGUCGAGCUCUGGUUGAAGGUCAUCUCUGAAGUCGCGAGUCGGGAAGACCUCAUUUGCUUGUCAAAAACGUGCAGCUCCCUUCAAGAUGCAACCAAGGACCUUGUCGCCGACUGGAUCGCGGUGAUCCGCACGGAAGAGGACGCUGACGAGCUUGCGACGAGGAUCCGUGACAAUUCCAGGUUGGCGCAUACCAUCCGCGAAGUGCGCGUUAUGCCCCUUGCACAAGACACCCUUCCGGGCCGGGGGAUGGUCGACAUCGUUGUCCAGCUUCCUGAACGAGUCACGCUGCGACUCUCCUUCGACUAUACUGCACGGCAGUUCGAUCCACUGUCAACGCAACUCCUCUCCCCUUUGAGAUGCCUCGGCCUACCAAUCUUCGAUUUUGCCCCUUUCUACACGCUCUUCAAGCUCGAUCCUCAUAUUGAAGAGCUGCAUGUACUGACUAGCAACUGGCCCCUUUGCUCACCCAUGACCCUACCAUCCCUCCGCGUCUUGACCUGCCCAGAAGACAUGCUAGCCGACUUGACUCGAAGAAUCCGACUCAACAUCUGGUCGCGCAGCUGUCCGUCGUAUGUAAAAUGUGGGGCCCUAACCCACCUCCACCUCACGAAAAUAUCCACCUUGGAGGACGUCCUCAACGUGCUCGGACCACAGCUCGUCAGUCUCCGCGUGACGGAGCGGAACCUGACCGAGUUCUUAAGCAGAGAGGUGUUCCCGCUCUCCCUCAUUGUCCUCCGCGCGCCCCGCCUCCGGUACCUGGAGCAAGAGUUCUUCAAGCGGCCCAUCCGAAACUACUCGCCCUGGCAUCUCAGCUACCCACCCAACCUGCUGAUCGGGGUCACCCGCGACGACGCGAUGUUCCCGGCGCGCCAGGCGGGCGAGACCCUGACGCUCGCCUGGCACCUCGCCGACAACGCUUUGGGCGCGGCGUUCGACGAACGCUUGAAUAUGGCGCUCGACGCCGGCGACCACCGCCGAUUCCGCCGGAGGUGCGAGCAGCGCGCGCUCUCGGCGUUGCGGAGCGGGGCGCCGCGCGUCGAUUGCGUCCUGUACGGAGACACGGCGCUGACGGAGAAGGCGACUUUGAACAAGUUCAGCAGCUAUCACCGCGGUAACCCCUCCGUCUUAGCCAAAUUCAAAUUCUGCCCCCUUACGGGUAAAACUGGAACGGACUUCGGCAAGAACCGCUACUUUUUUGAGAUGGAUGAUGAUGCUGCGGCACCACGCAAUUCAAGCGUUAGUUUACCGUCCAAAUGGCACAGGAUAGUCUCCGUGAUCUGGCCGACUAGACGACCGUUCAAAGACCCCCGUCGGACUCUCCCCGUUGAGCUCUGGUUGAAUGUCAUAUCUGAAAUCGAGAACCGGGAAGACCUCAUUUGCUUGUCAAGAACGUGCAGCUCCUUUCGAGAUGCGACCAAAGACGUCAUUGCCGAUUGGGUCGCAGUGAUCCGCACAGGAGAGGACGCUGACGAGCUCGCGACGAGGAUCUGUGAUAAUCCCAGGUUGGCGCAUACCAUCCGCGAGGUGCGCGUUAUGCCCCGUGCACAAGACACCCUUCCGGGCCGGGGGAUGGUCGACAUCGUUGUCCAGCUUCCUGAACGGGUCACACUGCGACUCUUCUUCGACUCGACUGCACGGCCGUCGAAUCCACUUUCCACGCAAAACCUCUCUCGGCUGGGGUGCCUCGGCCUACCGAUGUUCGAUUUUGCCCCUUUCUACACGCCCUCCCAGCUGGAUCCUCAUAUCGAAGAGCUGCAGGUACAGGAUAUCCGCUGGUCACAUUCCUCAACCAUGACCCUACCGUCGCUCCGCAUCUUGACCUGCCAAGUCUCCGUGCUAUCUGAAUUAGCUGCAGGCAUCCGAGUCGACCACUGGACUCCCACCCCUUGGCACAGCUGUAGGGCCCUAACCCACCUCCACCUCAGGAGGCCAUGGCACUGCACCUUCUACGACGUCCUCAACGUGCUCGGACCGCAGCUCGUCAGCCUCCGCGUGGUGGAGCCGACCCUGGCCGAGUUCCUGAGCGAAGAGGUGUUCCCGCUCUCCCUCAUUCUCGUCCACGCGCCCCGCCUCCGGUACCUCGAGCACGAGUUUUACAAGCGCACCGUGCUCGAGCACCAACAAUCAUCGCUCUGGGAACUCAGCUGCCCCCCCGAAUUCCUGCUGAGGGCCACCCGUGGGGACGCGACGCUCCCGGCGCGCCAGGCAGGCGAGCCCCUGACGCUCGCCUGGUAUCUCGCCGACCAGGCCUUGGGCACGGCGCUCGACCUCCGCCGGUUCCGCCGGAGGUGCGAGGAGCGUGCGCUCUCGGCGUUGCGGGGCGAGGCGCCGCACGUCGACUGCGUCCUGUACGGGGACACGGCGCUGACGGAGAAGGCGACGUUGAACAGGCGCGGGUGGGGGUUGGUGAAGGAGCGGCUUACGGACGUGCGGAGGGACCGUUGGAGGACGGUUUGA